AAGUUUGGAGAGAGAAAAGCUAGCAGAGAUGUGGAGACAGCAGGUCAAGCAGCGACUGGAUGCAGCAGAGGAGCAGAGACACCACAUCCUGGAUGCUGCUUUCAGCCCCCAACAUCUGCUGCACACAUCAGAGCUGCCUGCAGAUGUUCAGCAGAUGCUGCUGGUUAAAGAAGAGGCUCCUGAAGAACAGAGUCCUGGUGAGGACCAGAGUGACCUGGAGCUUCUCCACAUAAAGGAGGAGCAGGAGGAACUCUGGAGCAGUCAGCAGGGAGAUCAGCCCAGUGUGAAGGAGGAGACUGAUCCCUCUGGCUCUCCAGUCAUUGCUGUUCUCAUCAAGAGGGAAGAUGGUGAAGAGAAACCUCUGUUCUCUGAACUUCACCAAACAGACAACAGAGACGUUGCAACCAGCAGCUCAGCUGAGCAGAUGAAAGCAGAACCUGAUGAAGAAGAAGACUAUGGAGGAGUAGAAUCCAGCAGAGAGCCAGAUCUAAACACUCCUGGAGAUGCCACCAACUCUUCAGAGACGGAGGUCAGUGAAGAUGAGGAGAUGGACUGUCCUGACUCUGGGUCUGAAACUGAAGACAAUGAGAAUGAGAGGAAGGAGAGCAGGACUCCUGAAUCAGGUGGACAGGCGAUUAAAUCUCUGAGCUGUUCUGAAUGUGGUCAACAACUUAACCUUCGCUCCUUUCAGAGUCGCACGGCGGCUCAUUCAGCGGUAAGAUGCCCGAGCUGUUCGUUCAGUAAGGACGGGCUCAGAGACGAUGUAAAUAUGGACCCGCAGAGGGAAGUCCAGACAGAUCUGAACUGCUUCAAUUGUGCUGACUGUGGUAAAAGUUUUAACCGGAAAAAUCACCUAAAGGUUCACAUGAGGAUCCACACAGUGGAGAAAACCUUUGUUUGUGACGUGUGCAGACAAACGUUCAGCCAAAAAACCCAUUUAAACAGACACGUGAAGAUCCACACGGGGGAGAAACCAUUUGGCUGUGCAGUCUGUGGACAAACAUUCAGCAGGAAGUCUCAUUUAAACCGACACGGGAAAAUUCACACAGGGGAGAAACCGUUUGGCUGCGAUGUCUGUGGACAAAGAUUUCAUGAAAAGGCCUAUUUAGACCGUCACGUCAAAAUCCACUCAGGAGAAAAGCCGUUUUCUUGUGAUGUCUGUGGACAAAGAUUUAGUCGUAAGGCCCAUUUAGAGCGGCACAUGGGUAGCCACGCAGAGGAGAAACCAUUUGGCUGUGACGUUUGUGGGCAAAGAUUUACCCACAAGUCAGCUUUAAACAGACACAUGAUUAUUCACACCGGAGAGAAACCAUUUAGCUGUGAUGUUUGUGGACAGAGAUUUAACCAAAAGUCCGUUUUAAUGACGCAUGUGAGAAUCCACACAGGAGACAAACCCUAUGCCUGUGACUUCUGUGGACUAAGAUUUAACCAAAAGUCAAACUUAAACAGUCACAUUAAAAUCCACACAGGAUACAGACCGUUCAGUUGUGACGUUUGUGGGCAAAAAUUUAACCGAAAGGGAAAUUUAAACAUGCACAUGAGAAUCCAUGCAGCGGGGAAAAAUGUUUAGCUGAACAAACGGAGAGGUUCUGCCUUAAAGGAGACAUAUCCUGCAAUAAACACGUUUUAGCCCUUAAAUCCAUGCAGUCGUGUACUGGGAGUCUGUAGGAGAGCAGAAAGGUUGAAUGUAGUCUGUCCAGGAGCUGCUGAGAUAUCGUUAUAUUCUGUCAUCUUCAGAGGCGUUCAGUUUUCUCUGUUACGUUUUUUUUUUCUUUCUGAACAAUUACGUCCCAAUAUUUGCAAUAAUGUCAGAAAAUAUCUUAAUUUAAAUGUUGCAAAUUCUUUCCUUUAACCAUGGAGAUUUGUAUUUUUUUCUGCAUAUUUACAACUUCUGAAUAUCAGAUAAUUUCCUUUUUUUUUUUUUUUAGAAAAUAUGCUAAAUUAAUCUAAAACUAUGAGUUACUCACCCAGCUUGCCUUUAAUCUACAGUGGGCCUAAUACUCUGUAAGCAGGAUAUGUCCCCUAUAAAUGACCGCUGGAGCGUCUCCAGAAACCUUUAACUUCUUGUUUUUCUCUCCUGGUUUUUGUUGAAAUGUGUGUUUAGUUUUUAAGAUAAUUUCAUGACAGGCGGCACAGACCCAGUCACGGCUGAUUUUCUGGGUCUGUUGAUGAGUUCACUGACCUCUGACCUCCACAUCCUCCUUAGCGCUCCGUUCCAUUCACGUCUGUCCAACUGAGCAACUACGUUGUUAAUUUAAUUAAUGGGAACGGUUCCACUUCCUCCGGGACUCAUCCCAACGUCAGCGUAGACGUCGUUCACCGUCAAAAUACGGAACAAGUCCAGUUUUCUGCUCCGUUCCGGUCCGUCGGACUCCUGCCGGGUCCAGCUCCACUGGAAAACAACACCACCAGUUUAGAUGGUUCUGUUCAUCCCUACGUGGGUCUGACUCCUCUGGGAUGUUCUGCUAGUUUUACAUUUACUCAGCUACAUCUAUAAACAUUAAAUUAUUGUGAAAAGUG